GGGCCAGGGAAGAGUGGGACCCCGCAGGCUCCAGCCUGAGGACUCCUCUCUAGGCCUCUCUCCCCUGUUGUGAAUGCUUCUGCUGAAAGCCACUGGGAUGUGUGGCAGGUUCCUGCGGCGGCUGCUGGCGGAGGAGAGCCGGCGCUCCACCCCCGUGGGGCGCCUCUUGCUUCCCGUGCUCCUGGGAUUCCGCCUUGUGCUGCUGGCUGCCAGUGGGCCUGGAGUCUAUGGUGAUGAGCAGAGUGAAUUCGUGUGUCACACCCAGCAGCCGGGCUGCAAGGCUGCCUGCUUCGAUGCCUUCCACCCCCUCUCCCCGCUGCGUUUCUGGGUCUUCCAGGUCAUCUUGGUGGCUGUACCCAGCGCCCUCUAUAUGGGUUUCACUGUGUAUCACGUGAUCUGGCACUGGGAAUUAUCAGGAAAGGGGAAGGAGGAGGAGACCCUGAUCCAGGGACGGGAGGGCAACGCAGAUGUCCCAGGGGCUGGAAGCCUCAGGCUGCUCUGGGCUUAUGUGGCUCAGCUGGGGGCUCGGCUUGUCCUGGAGGGGGCAGCCCUGGGGUUGCAGUACCACCUGUAUGGGUUCCAGAUGCCCAGCUCCUUUGCAUGUCGCCGAGAACCUUGCCUUGGUAGUAUAACCUGCAAUCUGUCCCGCCCCUCUGAGAAGACCAUUUUCCUAAAGACCAUGUUUGGAGUCAGCGGUUUCUGUCUCUUGUUUACUUUUUUGGAGCUUGUGCUUCUGGGUUUGGGGAGAUGGUGGAGGACCUGGAAGCACAAAUCUUCCUCUUCUAAAUACUUCCCAACUUCAGAGAGCACCAGAAGACACAAGAAAGCAACCGAUAGCCUCCCAGUGGUGGAAACCAAAGAGCAAUUUCAAGAAGCAGUUCCAGGAAGAAGCUUAGCCCAGGAAAAACAAAGACCAGUUGGACCCAGAGAUGCCUGAGUUGGAGAUGAACUUUGGCCAACUUUCCUCAUCACCAUACUUAAAAUCCUGUCCAAGGAGGAGCUUAUUCACCAUUUUCUAUACAUGUGACAUAUGUAGCAGCAUGACCGACAACUGGGACUGUGCUGCCUUGACUCCACCUCUACAUACAAUGACUCAGCUAACCAGACUAAUAAAAGCCAUGUUUGCACCAUUGCUCAGGGAGGCAUUGCUUUGGGGAAUUAUUCCCAGUGUCCUCCUUACUUAUCGCAAGUAAUAAAAUCCCCCUGGGAAAUCCUCCUUGGUUGUGGUCACUGGACUGUCCGCUGCCAAGCAAUUUAACCCAUUCAUUGUGUGGGUAACAAAAGGCCAGUCUGGGACAUGAGAUCUGGGUCUACAGUUUAGUUCUCAAAGUCUUUGGCAUGCAAUUUAGGACCAGAUUCAUCAUACCAAAAAAGGGAGAUAGUCUCAACAGAAUUCUCAAAUUACUUAAAUAUCAGAGGCAGUGUAGAGAAGGAGUACUUGGUGGUAUGGUAGGUUUUCUGACAGGAAACAAAAGAUGGAGGUAAAAUGGAACCAGUACUUUCUUUCUGAGAAUACUGACUGCACCACUGACCAUAACAUGAAGCGAAGGCUAUAUCUCCCUGAAGUAAGAAAUGUAAUAAAGGAAACUUUCAGAAAUAAUAGAUCAUCUGGAGAUGUUGGGCAGUGUAUUUGGUAAGUUAUAACUACCAGGUAUCAAUACAAUAAGCUUAGUUUGAAUACAAUAAACUUAGUUUUUUAAAGAAUU